AUGGAAGAACUAGACAAUCUCCUCAAAGACCUCAGCAGCUUCACAGCACCAUCUGCUGGCCCCUCCACACCAUCGCGCUCCGGCGCAUACCCAAGCUCGCCAGCAAUCCCCUCCCAGCUAGAUCCAGCUCGCAUGCCAUCGCCAGCAAUAAAAACCGCAUCGCAAAAAACACUCGUGUCGGACUCGACAAACAUACCUUCCCCUUCCUCAAAUCUCAACAAUGUCAAUAUACCAAGUGGCUCCGAAUCGAAUCUCGCAAGAGGAAACGGUGUGUUUGGAAGCACGCAAUCGCUAGCUGGUGGUGGUAAAAUGAGAGCUGCACCAAUGAUUACGAAUGCGCCGUUUCAAAAGGCUGAUAUGCCGCCGUGUGGAGGAUGUCGACAGCCUGUUGAUGGGCAGUAUAUUGAGGCUAUUGGCAAGCAUUAUCAUAAGGAUCAUUUCUUGUGUCGGUGCGGGAGGUUGUUGACGUAUCAAAAGUAUAUUGAGAAAGAUGGUGCCGCAUGGUGCAAGAAAUGUUUCGGUGAAGAGUUCGCUCCUCGUUGUGCUUACUGUUCAGAGCCCAUUCACGAGCGCGCAAUAAACGCACUCGGCAAAUCCUUCCACAUUGAGCACUUUUUCUGCUGCCAAUGUGGCAAAAACUUUGGUGCCCAGGAAGGCUUUCUCGAACAUGAGGGCAAAGCAUACUGUGAAGAAGACUACCUGAAUCUGUUUGCGCAAAAGUGUAAUCGGUGUGGCGCUGGACUUAUUGGUGACUACAUUAUUGCCAUGGACGCGUAUUGGCAUCAGGCUUGUUUUUCUUGUGCUGAUUGUGGAGUUCAUUUCAAGGAUGGCAAAUACUAUCAGAUCAACGGCGUCGCACUAUGCGAAAACCACUUUUACGAAAGGUAA